AUGAUGCUGGUGAUCGCGGCGGGAGUGAAGAAGUCGCUGCUGUUCAACAACAUCCUCAACAUGCUCAACCUGGCCGCCUGGGUCUUCCUCAUGGCCGCCGGCCUCUUCUACGUCGACACCAACACCUGGUCCAACCACAAGGGCUUCUUGCCCUACGGCUGGAGUGGGGUGUUCACUGGAGCAGCUACCUGCUUCUACGCCUUCAUCGGUUUCGACAUCAUCGCUACGACCGGGGAAGAGGCCACUGACCCGACCAAGUCCAUCCCCCUCGCCAUCAUCGCCAGCCUCAUGAUCAUCCUCUCCGCCUACGUUUCCUCAUCAAUGAUGCUCACCCUUAUCAUUCCAUAUAACGAGAUCGACCCCGAGUCAGGGUUGGUGGCCAUGUUCGGGCAGGUCGGCGCCUUCAAGUGCAAGUGUGUCAUCGCCGCUGGCGGCAUCGCGGGCCUCACCGUCUCCAUGUUCGGCUCCAUGUUCCCCAUGCCGAGGAUAGUGUACGCCAUGGCCCACGACGGCCUCAUCUUCAAACAGUUAGCUCAUAUCUUUCCUGCUACUGGGACACCUGUGAUAGCUACAUUUACCUGUGGAGUUGGAGCUGCCCUAGCUUCUUUGGUUAUAAGUUUGGAUGUGCUUGUGGAAAUGAUGUCUAUCGGUACACUUCUGGCUUAUACUCUUGUUUCUACAUGUGUCUUAAUCCUAAGAUACCAACCUCAUACCACAACACUGAUGGAUUUGUUGCCAGAAUCCUUAAGAACUCCGCUUAGAGGCUCACCAACAAAAGAAACAGCUGGGCAAAAUGGACAGAUAAGUUAUGGUAACCAAUUAAAACCUGAUAGUUUGAAAACAGCAUUAACCCAGGUAAACGAGACUGUUGCACCUCAGCAACGAGUGAUGGUGAGAAGAGUUACAAGAAGCUCACCUGAUUCAGAUGAUACAAUGACAGAAGAAACUGAAGAUGGAGUGAGAGAUGAUCAAUUUCUGGUGUCUGAUGCAAGUGAAAAUAAAUUCUAUGGAACUGUCCAUGGUGGAAGUGCUAGUGCAAGCAUUCCAGGACCAGCUCUUUCGCAUAUUGCCAGAAAAAUACAGGCAGCUACUUACCUUUGCCCAGCAAUAUUUCCUUGGGUAGAUACUGGUCCUGCAACUGAAGAAUCAGGGCGUCUUGUGAUGAAACUAGUUGCCCUCCUAUAUGUUCUUAUUCUGCUUUUCGAUCUGACUAUUGUUUGCGGCAUGGGCUCCGAUUCACCGAUAGUAACAUUUCUUGUGUGCAUUCUAUUGCCAGCAAUAAUUGGAGUUCUUCUAAUAAUAUCUAGGAAACCUCAAAACCGGAAAACACUCAGGUUUAUGACUCCUGGCUUACCAUUUGUUCCUGCAAUAGCUGUAAUGGUCAACAUCUACCUCAUCUUUAAACUCUCUAUUCUCACUCUUGUGAGAUUUACUGUAUGGAUGACAAUAGGUUUUCUUGUAUACUUUUACUAUGGUAUCAAACAUAGUACGCUUGAGAGCAAGGAGACCAAUAUAGAACUGAGCGGGACCGUGGUACCUACGACCACCGUUGAAGGAGAGCCUCAAUGGCAAACUAGUUAUACCGUGAGUCCUAAGCAACCUCAAUGGCAGCAACCUCAACAGCAAUGGGAGCCGCCCACACAGCAGAAUCCACUCUUUGUGGCUCCUACCAACUUUCCCACUUGGGACGACUGAACAGUUGGAGAGUGAAAUAACAGACUGCAAUCACCAAAUCAUGACUGACCUUUUCCUGGCUAAGCACCCCUCAUUGACUCCAUUGUACAUUUCAACAGCAACAAAGGUGGUCAUCUAUUAAUGAUUGUAGAAUAUAUUAGAGACAUAAAAAUGUCGUCUUCCUUUCUCAUAUUCCUGAGUAGUAUAAUCCUAAAGUCACAGGUGGUCGGAAUCUCUAUUGUCGCCAUAAGAAGCAUUACAUUGACAUAUAUGUAGAGAUAUAGAUUAUUGAUGUCAUUUAUUUAUCUAGGCGUAUUCCGAUACUCGAUAAGAGUACUUCCAUCUUCUCCAUUUGCACUUGAGUCAACCAAGUAAUAUGAAUGAUAUAUUGUAGGCAAUAAUAUUCAAAAGUAUUUACAAUGUAUAAAAGCACACUAUUGCUUUUUGUCUAUUUGCAUAUUGUAUUAUAAAUUGUUGCACUUUUGACUCAGGGUGUUUAUCUGGU